AACGUUAAUUUCUACGUAGCAUAUGAUGACCAUUAUUAAAACCAUACAUAAAAUGUGAUAGGUAUAGGAUAAGGAUGAAGACACCGCUUAGUUUGUAUCGACCUGCUCCAUUACAUAAAUAUUUAUUCAAAUUGAAGGCAUUAGCUUCAAGGAAAGCAAGCAAUGAAAAUGGAAAUGGAAGUGCAAAUAAUUUCCAAAGAAAAUGUUAAACCAUCUUCUCCAACACCAACUCACCAAAGGAUCUUCAAAUUUUCCCUUCUAGAUCAGCUUCUGCCAUCUUCAUAUGCUCCACUCAUCCUCUUCUAUCCCAUGAAAAAGAACUCAACUCAUCUCAAGGUCCCCAGCAGAUUAAGCCUGCUCAAAUCAUCUCUAUCACAGACCUUAACUUGGUUUUAUCCUCUUGCUGGAAAGAUCAAAGAUGAACUUUCCAUCAAUUGCAAUGAUGAAGGUGCCUGUUUUGCAGAAGCUAGAGUGAGCUGUAGCCUCCAUGAAUUCCUAACUCAACCUGAUCUCCUGUUAAUACAUAAUAAGCUCCUUCCAUGUGAAUUCUCUUUUAAGGAAUUAGCACCAGGAUCUUAUGUGGUGUGUAUUCAAGCAAAUAUCUUCAGUUGCGGUGGUAUUGCCAUUAGCAUAUGCAUUUCUCACAAGAUCAUAGAUGGUGCUGCACUUGAGACCUUUAUCAAGGGGUGGACUUCCGCUGCCAGGGGCUGCAAUCAACCAAUAUAUCCUAAUUUUCUUUCUGCUUCUCUUUUCCCUGCAAAUGAUGAGUUGUGGUUUAAAGACUCAUCAUCUCCCAUGUGGGGUUCCUUCGUUAGAAAGGGCAGUUGUAUCACAAGACGAUUUGUGUUUGAUUCCUCAGCAAUAGCCAAGUUGAAAGCUGAAGCAACGAGCUCAGGAGUGAAAUGUCCCACGCGGAUUGAGGUGGUCUCAGCUUUCCUGUGGAAGGCUAUGAUAGCUGCUUCUGCAGAAUUGCAUGGAUUUCAGAGGCCUUCUUUGCUAACCCAUCUUGUGAAUCUGCGUAGAACAAUGGAACCAUCUUUCUUUACAGAGAAUUCCUUAGGAAACCUCCUGUGGUUAGCAGCUGCUAAAUACGCAGCAGAGUCCAAGCCAGAAUUCAGUAACUUGGUAAGCGAGGUGAAGAAAGCAGUAUCAAGAAUUGAUGCUCAGUUUUUCAGGCAAAUCAAAGGAGAGGAAGGGAAAUCUGUGAUGUCCGAGUUCUUCAAGACAGUAGCUGAAAUGGGUUCAGGAGAUGAAGUAGAUUGCUUUGGAUUUUCAAGUUGGAGUCACUUUGGUUAUUAUGGUGCUGAUUUUGGGUGGGGAAAGCCUGUGUGGGUUAGCAGUAUUGGCUUGACAGCUUCAGUUUUUAUGAAUAUUAUCAUUUUGGUUGAUACAAGGCUAGGUGAUGGAAUAGAAGCUUGGGUGACCUUAGACGAGACAGACAUGGCUAUAUUAGCUGGCAAUCCAGAACUCCUCAAAUUGGCAUUGCUGGACCCAAGUCCUCUGCUAUUUGAUGACUCUGUAUGACACACAUCUAUGUGAGAACCAUCAUUUUCUAUAAUAAAAUAGAAGAUUAAUCAAA